AUGAGCAGGGAGAGGAAGAUUCAAGACAGCUCUAUGAUGUCACACCAACCGAACACGGAGGUGGACACUGGCCCCAAAGACUUGAAUGUAGUGGCCAUGCUUCAUCACUUCUGGAAGAAAAAACAGGUAAGCCAGCAAAGUGGAUCUUCCUUGGAGUCAGAUGGCUCUACGAGAGAUCCAGACGCCCAAUCAGAAAGCUUGCUGCUGUAUGAGUCUGCCCCUUCCCCUGGUCCUCCCUAUAUCUGCUAUGUGACCCUACCAGGAGGCAGCUGCUUUGGAAACUACAAGGUAUGUGAGACACAGGCGGAGGCACGUAGAGAUGCAGCUCGUGUUGCUCUGAUGAACUCUCUGGUAAAUGAGCUGCCAUCUCGACGCAUCAGCCCUCAGUUUAUCGCCCAGAGCCUGCAGCAGGCAGCCACGGAAAGCGCUGUGAGUGUUGAGGACGCGUGUGACCCACGCACCAGUAUAGGAACCUACAAUCUGCUGCUCGGUUCCUCUAUUGGAAAGACCAUGCUUGAGUUCCAGGAGAUGAUGACAGUGUUUCAGCUGCUACAUUGGAACGGCACGCUAAAGGCUCUGAGGGAGAGACAGUACUCUCGACAGAGCGUGAUUGCCUACUACUCUCAUCGAGGACUUGAUGAGUACAUGCGCAGCAGCAUGGCUCUGGACUGGCUGGGACACGAGCAAAUGUCACCAGGAUGUCUUGGGGAGGAGCUACAAGUGGCACAGAGGGAGCUGGCUUUGGCCCGGCGGCGAGGCACAGAGCUGCGUUUCUUCAAGGAGAAAACAGAGAUUCUGCGCUUGGCACUGAGCCAGGCAUGCACACACCAAACCCAGGACCUCCCGGAACAAGCACCGAGUCAUGCGUACAAGGUGGAGCAACAUACUUUACACCAGCUAUACAACAAGGAUGCCUCGGCCCGGAUAACCCCUCCUCACAGUCCUUCUCCAACCUUGGAUAGAAUCGCCCAGCACAUAGUGCACCUACCCAUUGGCAAACCAAAACAACUGGCCUCCCGCAGCCCUGCACCCUGCUCACAGCAAACUCAUGUGCCUUUGACCUGCCAUGAAUAG